AUGCCGGGACCGCACUACGGUGCAGCCUGCCGGAGGGGGGAACGCUCACGUGCGCUUCUCUACUUCCCAGCAAGCAGCUGCGGCUCCGAGGAAACCAAGGCGAAGGCUGGCAGGGUCCGCAUUAUCUUGACCUCGGAGCCGUACUGGCGGCGGGGACGGCCAGCUGCAGGAGCCGGGCGGCGGACGCCUCCGUGGCCUCCCCCCCCGUGUUCCUCUGGCCCGCCCAGGGCUGCAAGCGCGCGCCAGCAGCGCAGCGCUUCCUUAGCCUCUGACAGCUCGCUGGGAGCAUCGCAGGGUCUCGAAUCCCCGCUCGAGGGGGCGGGACGGGGCGGGGCGAGCGCACAGGGCGGGGCGAGCGCGAGCCGGGGCGCGAGGAGGGAGCUCGCGGGCAAAACCGAGCCGAGCCGAGCCGAGCCGAGCGAGGCUGGAGGUGCCGGGGAGAGUGAGGCAGAGCCGGGCCGGAAUCGGAGCCCUCGGGUGUCUCGGGGCGCCCCUGCAGCGGCGACCGAGGGGACGUGCCAGCCCUCGCCAGCGCGGCUCUCGCGCCCUGCGCCUCUUCACCUGCCGAUCGCUCUCCGGAGCCGCGAGGGGACACCCCCGGAGGGGGCAGCGCGGGCGCCGGCGUCCCCCUACCCUCCUGCUCGCGGCGGCAGACCCGCCCGGCGCAACUUUCACUCGAUUCCUCUCACUCCACCGAGACACCCGACGCUGCCGCUGCUGCCGUCGCCGCGGUCUCACAAAGGGGGCGCGGGAGGGGAGGCGGCGCGGGCGGCGGGCACGGGCCUCCGGGCCGCCGGAGCGGGGAGACAAAAGGAAAACUGCCUGUGCUCGCGGUGCCCGUUCGGGGCCGCCUGCCCGUCCGCCGCCUGCCCGGCUCCGCGCGCCUCCUCCCUCCCGCCACCCUCGGCCGCCGCUCCGCCUCCCUGGUCGCGGGCCGGCCCCGCAGUGCUCUGGGACCCGGCGAGCCUUCGGGGCGCGCGUCGCUGCUGGUGGUUGGGGCUCUAG